GAGGUGGAGGCUGAAAAAAUCCCCGGAUUGGACCGUAAACAAGAAACACGAGAGAGUGUGAGACAGGGACAGAUGAUGAGUGAGGUUUCUGUGGAUCCUGCUGUGGACUGACACGGACAGAGGACAGAGUGAGGUUUCUGUGGAUCCUGCUGUGGACUGACACGAGGAGGACAAACAGCACGACGCUGUUUCACACGACAGACUGUAGACAUCCUCCAGCGCCCGCUGUGAACAUAAGAGGAAGAAUACACUGAAUUCGGCAUGUAAGAGAGAAGAGGAAAAGCACAAUAAACCAUACAGACGACUGCACUACCACUGCGGAGCCUUCACAGACUAUGAUGGACAUUUCAAAUCUGCCUUUUCUUGACCACCCAGGAGAGGUGAUGGAGGAUUAAAUCACAUGCUCCGUCACGAGUGAUAACAAACCCAACCUGCUGAAACCUUGUUCAGAGUGCGGGAAUCCUUUCUGAGCAACACAAAGUAAUUUUCUUAUCUUAUUCAAAGGAAGUGCCCAGAUAAAAGCCAGAAACAUUUAAUAUUUUUCCAGUGAGGGCUUGAAAAAAGAGACCUGGUCACGGCUCACUGGAGGUUCUCAGAGGAGCUUUUGAGGAACGCCAACUUGGAGGAUAAGAUCGCUACAGGGACGGAGGUGAUGGGCAAUAAGAACGCCAUCCCACUGAAGUGUCCCGACACUGGGACACUGCAGAAAGACGAAGGGGUGAGCAUCGACAGUGUCACAGGAAGUGUCUCCAGAGAUGAACUGCCGGGCCCCAGCCCAGAGCUGCUGGCCUCGCUGCAGUCCCUCAGAGAAAACAGUGACUACACACUGCUGCCACACUCCCUGCACCAGAUUGCAGAAGCCUAUUCACUCAAAGAGGACUACCAGUGGGCCAUCCAGUUCCUGCAGCUGGAGAAGCUCUACCAUCAACGACUGCUCUCCAACCUCGCCGCCCUGCAGGAGAACUGGGAGAGCCAAUGGAAAGAGAAGAAGAACACUGAAAGCAGUUUGCCCACUGAGACGGACGGCAUCAGUCAGACACACAUCGAGACCCUGAGCCAGAUCUGCAGGACACACCUCAGACCAUCCAGCAGUGUGGACCAGAAGAUGCUCAACACAACACUAAAAGAGGUUCAGAGCAAGAAUAAGACGCUACAACCCUUUCAAGAUGAAGUCAACAAGCCUGAAACACACCAGAGUACAGACGGAGAGCAAAGCAUGAAGCCAGAGUCAGAGCUGGCCUUAGCACAGACAGGCCAUCAGGAGGGAGGGGAGGAGGAGGAAAGACGAGAAGAAGAGACGUAUGAGGAAGGACAGGAAGUAGAAGAGGAGGAGGAAACAUGUGAAGGGACACCAGAGGAGGAGGAGGUGAAGGUGGAGUGGCCAACAGGAGUCCCCCAGGCUUCAGACAAGGACCUGGCCAAGCUCUCCCACACAGAGGGGGGUUCCUCCCCAGAUGGCCUGGUCUCCAUUCUGAAGAGGAGGAGAGCGUCACUGGAUGGAUUGCCUCCCCCAAGUGACACUAUUAAUAAACAGAACUCCAAACGCAAAGUUCGCUUCAGUGAACCAGAUGAUGGCAUUGAGCAAGAUGAGGUAGGAGGAGAUUCCUGCCUGAUCCUUCUGCUGCUGUGUCUGGUAACCGUGGUGAUCAGCAUAGGCGGGACCGCUCUGUACUGCACCCUGGUGGACACUUACUCCAAUAUUUGCACUGACUUCACUCACAAUGUCGACUUCUACGUCAUGAACGUACGGAGGUUCUUUGAAGGGCUCGGACACUGGCUGCCCCUUCGGACUUAAAAACUUUCAUCUGCACUCCAGACAAAUGAUGAUUCACACACCUGUACUGCAGUGGACAGUGUAACAUGAAGGUGAGGAGGGCUCCAAUGAGGUUUGGAGUGACAGGCAUUCAUUUGAUGCUGCCGUCCAGACUGUUUAAAGCUUUGAUUUCCUCUACAGUGACUGGAGCUUAGGUCAUUUGGCUAGACUAAUUAUGAGCUAUCAGCCGAAGAUUUAUGUAUAAAUGAAUUGGUGCUCAGAGUAACACUAAACAGUAAAAGCUGUCACAAGCAUGUAUGCCGUGGAUUGGAGUUUAAAAACUAGGGUUGGGCUAGUGUUGAAGUGACGUAACUCACUGGUUUAUGGACUCCUGUUCUGAAACCUCAAAUCCGGCAUUUUGGCUGUCACCAUCUUGGUUUAUGGCCAUUAUCAUAUUGUUUUUUUACAGCCAACACUUGCAGAAUGGAUCUGGGGCUAAAAUGAUGCAAUGUCAUCCACUAACCCUAGCGCUGGCUAGCUAACUUUGUUAACAAGGGGUAACCGUUUUUCACAAUGAAAAGCCAACUCCUUACAGUUUCUUUUAGUCCAACAGAACCCUUAGCAAGGCAUUUGAGUCGUAAUAUGUAUUUUGGCAUCUGUAAAUAAACCUUGUCCGCCCACCACAGUACCACCAAGUACGGUCUAUGUGUGGCAAACACUGUAAAUACAAGUUACAUUUAGCACCAUAACGCCGUUGGCAUAAGUUGUUGGUUUAUUGUUUGGUUCCUCCAGCUGGCAUACUAUCACGCUUGUUUAAGCUCAUUCAGCUGACCAGAUGGACAAAACUAGAAAUUGAUCCAACUACUGUUUACUACUGUUCUGUGUGGAUAUUUCAGGUUGAACCUUACAGAUACCACACAAGAAGGCUCACAACUCUCAACAAUAUUUAUAUUUUAACAGUAAAGUAAUAGUUUACUUUUAUGUUUUAUGUGUACAAGUGUUUCCCUUACAUUUGUAGCUUAGCUAGGUCUGUAUACAUUUGUCUUUUUUUCCUGGCAGUUAUAUUUUGACUUUUACAAAGAAAAGCUGUCUUUAGAAUCAUUAGGAUCCUACAAGUAUGUCGUUGUUGCUUGAAUGAUUAAUGGACCAUAAAUUAUUUUUAGAUUCAUAAUAUCUUUCCUUCAGUUGACCUUUCUCUGUUGAAUAAAUAUUUUUUAGGGCUUCACUCCUUUAUCAGACACGUUAUACAGCACAACAACAAAGAUGUAUAUUAUUUUGAAAAACCCUAAUUCCAAAACCUGAUAAGCCUUUAUAAUCAUUUCACUGAAAGGGAUAAUUCAUAACUGUGUGUUUACCUCAAUAUUACUCUUAACAUUCCUCUUAUCAUCUUAAUGUGACCAAUUCAAAGCAAAAUAUUGUACAGUAAGUGAUGCUGGUUAAUGUACAAAGUGCCCUAUUAAGUAAGCAUCAUUAAACAGUCUGCAUGAAUGAUGCUGUAUGUGUAGAUUCAGGAUGAGUGAGGCUCUCUGUAUGAAAAUAUCAGAUCAUACAUUGGAUAAUAUUUUGUAAUGUUGAUAAUGCUGUACAUUAUCCUGAUCGUUAAAUGGCUACUUACUACAGAAAUCAAUUAUUUGACUCAAAAUAUUGAUUUACAAAAUAAUUUUCUUGAUUUAAAAAAAUAUUUUAAUGCUUCAGCUUAGAGAAAAUAGUCCGUUAGAUUUGACAUUUGGAACUGUAUCCAUUUCAAUGUAGACCCUGUAGUCUUCUAAUGUUGAACAGUCCACUGCUAACUUACACUGCAGUCAUAAAUGAACAGCUGAACAUCUGCAUUACUUAAGAAAAAAUAAAAACUAGUCGCCAACUUUGCUUACAACGCCAAACAUCAAGCAACUACAGCAACAUAAGACAUAGCAAGCCUGCUCAUAUUACCCACAAGUCAAACAGCAAGGAGACCAUUUUGUUGUCAGUCUGCAGCCUUUUAUUUCUCAAAGCCAGUCCGAGAUUCACUCUUUGCUGCCAGCCUCUUGCUCGGUCACUCCCUCUUUUUCUUAGCCUCCUCCGUAAGAGUCCUUUUCUGUCUUUUUGUCUUUGUCAUGAUGUCCAAAGAGGCUGCUGAGACCGUUUAUGUUGCCCUACUCUGGUUCUGGGAUGACACCAGGUCCUCACUAGCAUUCCUGCCCUGGACAUGAAAACCUCUUCCUUCAGCCAUCCAAAGCUAGCAGUGUGCUAGCAGUGUGCUAGCAGUGUUGACACCAACACUCCCCUGGUGAUCUGAGCUCCUAGCAUCACAGCUAACUGAGCAAACAGACCAUCGCUGCAGUUAGUGGUAGCAUUACUUUAGAAACAAGUUGAAAUUGACCAAACUUCUUUCCAUGGAUUGAAAUGAUUGAAAGAACAUGGUUUGUCAAAGUUAUAUGAUCAGUACAGCCUGCUGUACACAGCAACGAUCACCUCUUCAUAAAAGAACAGACCAUAAAAUACUGUAAUUGACCUAUCAGAAAAAAAGUAUUCAACAAAGCCUUGUAAUAACAGCUUAAAACACAAUACAUUUCAGUGUAGUCAUGAUGAUCAGUAUGUAAUACAGUCAUUUAAAUCCUCAGGCAUUCAGGCACUUACCCUGUGUUUAUACUUUUGGUGCUCAAUGUUUUCAUGUUUACCCUUUGUUGUUGUUUAACCCAAAAUGUUCUACAUGUGGAUUUACGAUCAUAUCUAUUCUCCUCCUGCAAAGCAACUACAACGUGAUAAGUAAACCCAAUUCAGAGAGUGAUAUAUUUUGAUUGUGUUACAUAAGAUAUGUUCAAAAACAAGGAAAACAAAUUUUUAUAUACACCUCACUCUGAAAUAGAACUCUUUAUCUGUAUUGGGACGAUGGGAAUAUCCUGUGUAUAUGGGUUAAGCUGUUUUUGUAUCAUUUUGUCUAAAAGCAGAGCUUUAUGGACAGUUGUACCAACUGUUGUGUUUCCUGUCUGGCACAAGUAACACAACAGAAGAUAUGCCUGUUAACACUGCAUUUUACUCAAUGUGACAAAAUGAAAAUAUGAUCAGCAUGUUCCUUUAUUCCAUUACCUUGUAUUGAUGUUUUUCUGAUUUCAAUUCAUUUUUUCCUUUCCUUCUGAACUUGCAAUGUGAUGAAUGUUUCGUCUGUACUGUCACUGUGGAUACUGCAAUAUGCAGUCCACCUUUCUAUGUUUCAAUAUUUAAGGUAUGUUGUUUCCGAAAGGGAAUACAAAAAUGAAUAUGAACUAU